GUAUACAGUCUACGAUUAUCUAUUUAGCAAAAAGAAAAAGUAUUAUAUAUAUGAGUUUAGUAAUUCUUAUUUCUAAAAAUAUUAAAAAUCAUUCACAAAAGUAAUAACGAUGGAAAUCAGAUCAUUUAUUUGUAGAGGGCGAAAGAAAAAAAUUAUCACUCUCUUAUUUAUUGUAAUGUUUUUAAUAAAUGCUAUGUUUUAUGUUAGUUUUGAAUUAUACAAUACAAUCAAGAAGAGGCAUAAAAAUCAGUGGUAUAAGAGGUUACACUUUGAUCAGGACUCCUACGUAGAUAAGAGUGGUAUGAGAGUUAUUGUUGGUCAUUAUGUUGGGGGUAAUUCAGGAGGUAAUUUGUCACAAGAAAUAAUAAAUGCUAACAAUUAUGCUCCUGUUGAGGGAGCAGGUGAAGGUGGAAGACCUGUUCAGUUGUCACCCAGGGAAAUAAUUACAGCAAGAGAGCUUUUUGCACUACAUUCUUAUAAUAUAUUAGUUGGUGAUAGAAUUAAUAUUAACAGAAGUCUUCCAGACGUGCGCAGUGAAAGUUGCAAAGAAGUACAAUAUAAUAUUGACAAUCUGCCAACAGCAAGUAUCAUUAUAGUGUUCCAUAAUGAAGCCUGGUCUACUUUGAUGAGGACUGUGAUGUCAGUUAUUUUGAGAUCUCCCCCAACAUUAUUAAAACAGAUAAUUCUUGUAGAUGAUGCAAGUGAGAGAAAAUACUUAGGCAAAGAGUUGGACGAUGCAGUAUCUAAUCUUGGGAAGGUUCAAAUAUUAAGAAGCUUAGAGAGAAAAGGUCUUGUUGGCGCUAGAUUAAUCGGUGCCAGAACAGCUACUGGGGAUGUGUUGGUAUUUUUAGAUGCUCAUUGUGAGGUAACGUAUGGGUGGCUUGAGCCAUUACUGGAAAGAGCGGGCAGCGACGAUGUCUUUAUUUGUCCUCAUAUAGAUCUGCUUUCGGAAGAUACUUUAGCUUAUACGAAGAGCAUCGACGCUCACUGGGGUGCUUUCAGUUGGCGCCUUCAUUUUCGCUGGUUAAUGCCGAGUACCGAGGUUAUGAUUCAUAAAUCUGAAAAUCCCUCCAAACCCUAUCCAACACCUGCAAUGGCCGGUGGUCUUUUUGCAGUUAGAAAAAGCUUGUUUUGGCGUUUAGGGGGCUAUGACGAGGGCAUGUUGAUUUGGGGUGCCGAAAAUUUGGAACUUUCUUGGAGAGCCUGGCAGUGUGGCGCAAGGGUCGAAAUAACCCCAUGUUCCCGUGUCGGACAUAUAUUUAGAAGACACAGCCCUUACAAAUAUCCUGGAGGGGUCUCCAAAGUCUUGAAUGCAAAUUUAGCCAGAGCAGCAUCAGUUUGGAUGGACGAAUGGGCUGAUUUCUUUUUUAAAUUCAACCCUGCAGUAGCCGCAAUACGUGAUCAGCAGGAAGUAGGUGACAGAGUAGACCUGCGUAAGAACUUAAAAUGUAAGAGCUUCGAAUGGUACCUGACGAAUGUGUGGCCACAGCAUUUUUUCCCUACAAAGGAUAGAUGGUUUGGAAGAAUUCGUAAUGAUAAAGGCGGUUGUAUAGGCGUUGUAUCCGGAACUCCUGGCCUUGGUGGGCCAGCGUCAAAGGUGCGUUGUGGCAGCGAUUUGGAUCUUGAUAGUCUAUUAGUUUAUACUCAAGAAGGUAAAAUUAUGGCUGAUGAGGGAUUAUGCUUGGAGCAAGGAAAUGGGCGGGCUGUGUGGAAAAGUUGCGGUGACAAUAGAAAACAGAUUUGGAAGCAAGAAGGACCAAGGUUGAAAACAAUUGACGGUCUGUGUCUAACGUUAGUAAUUAAUCACAGCGCAGAUGUUACUGACACUCCAUUAACAGCAAAGAGAUGUAUCAAAACAGAUGAGCAAAUAUGGCAUUUCGAGCGAGUACCUUGGCGGUAGGAAAUGUCAUUUGAAAGUUUGUAUCAUUAAAGAUCUGAUGUUUAAGUAAGCAACUGAACAAAGCAGUAAAAGUACUUUAGGACUAAUAAUUAGAAGCUCCAAGUUACAAGCAUUCAUGUUUAUUAACGAACAAAAAGCAUUUUGAUGAAGAUUUCAGUACAUUGCAUUAUGAAAUAAGAAAAAUAACUAGACUGAUAAACGUACAAAUUUUGCAGUUGUGAUUGUCUUGAUAAAUUAUAAGAGUAUUUAAAAAAAAAGCUUUUUUUGAUAAACUUUAGCAUUAUUAUUUCAUCAUUAAUAGUUUAAGAAUAUUAAAGUAUUAUUAUUUCUCAGUCUCUUGAGCGCUGUAUAUGUAUGCCAACAGUACCUUUGUAUGACAGUGAUGUUUAGAAGUUAAGAUAAAAAAAGCAGUUUAUGUACUUACAUUAAGUACUGCUCCAUCAAAACUGUAUUAGAUCUAGUUAUUAUAUGUAUAAUAAAACAGUAUAUAUAAACCCGUGAAUAUCUGUGAUUUUGUUGUUGUACAGAAAUAUUUAUGUGAUACGAACCAGCUGCGCGUAGUAACAUAGUGUAUCUUAAUAUUUACACUGUCAGUUAAUAUAAUUUAUUGUAAUUAUAUUACAAUCACAAAACUUCCAAUGAGACUAGGCGGUGUUGCAAUUACAUAAAAUCUAUUAACAAUAUAGAAUAUUAGAAAUAUAUUGGUUGAAUAAAAUCGGUACAGCAUAUUUUAUAGCAUAAUAUAUUAUUACGUAAGGUUUGUUAAAACAACCUCUAUAUUGUGAUUUUAAAUUUAAGAUAGAAAAUUAUAUUUGGUUAGUGGUAUAUCCUCUUCACAAUAAUAAAUAAUUGUAACACUCAUAUUAUAAUUAUUACAUUAGAUAUUAUAACAUAGACAUUUUGCUAAUUAUUAAUGUGACUAUUUCAGUUAAGAUUAAAAAAAAAAACUUGGUUAGUGUGACGUCAAUUUUUUAACCUUUAAAAUAAAAUACUCAACAUAUCACUUUGCGCCAUUGAAGUAAAUAGCUCAAUGCUUUGCGCUAGCACAAUCGAUUUUGCAUUUAAUAAGCUUAAUGAUUUCACUGUUAAGAAGUGGUUAGUAAAUAUAAUCUAGUCUAAAUUAUUUUUACAUUUUUUUUAAUGAAAUGUCAUCCAGGAUUUUUUUAUUGUUUCUGAAAAGGUUGUAACAGGACAGGGAUUUUAAUACAUUAUGUAUAUUAAGUAUUAAAGAUGUUUUAAUUUUAAAUAGGUAUUUGCAACAUUAAAUACAUUAUACAAUAAAUACUAAAGCUUGU